GUUCCUAAAGGAAGGCGCGUUUGUAUCCGGGUCACUCACGCAUCGCGCACUGAGGAAAAGCGGCAGCGCUCGCCGCGCGGGAAACGAAACGUCCGAAGUUCUGUUUCGGUCAGCGGGGAGCGGUGGUGGUGGGGCCUCCGCGUUUCCUUGUCUGCCGACUUGUAGAGAGGAAGCAGUGGGUCAUUCUCUAACAAUGUUGGAGAUAGAAGAGAAUCUCCAGGCAGCUUUCAAAAAGCUAAGAGUAGACUCAGAAGGAUCCACUGCUUCUCUUCCUGUAAAUGAGGGGGUGCCUCCAAGAGCACUUGUAAAAACUACAGAUGAAACCAAGGUGAAGUCUCUGUGUGCAUCUAAAGAGAGCUGGCAUUGGUGUUUGAGGAAACCUUUGAGAGGAACAGUGAGAACACAGCGUCGGCGGCGGUCUAAGUCUCCAGUACUCCACCCUCCUAAGUUUAUCCAUUAUACCACGAAAAUGCUGCCUUGUAACCAGCCGGUGCACAAGAACCCAGCUGACACUUCUGAAAGCAGCAGUGACCCGGAUGUGUCAACCCCAAAGGAGUUCUCUAAGAAUGAACAGGCCAGUCACUCCCUCAAUGGUGUUGGCGAGAAACAAAAGGGUGCUCAGCAUUCUGUGGCAUCCAUGGUUGAAAUGCCUAAGAACAAACUUGAAAGUGGUGUUUUUCCUACUUCAGCAGUUCUAAAGGCCACAGAUCUUUCUGAUUUCCAAUCUGUGUCUGAGCAAAAUAAAGGGAAACUCUGUGCGUGUGUAGACAGGGCCUGCCAGUGUAAGCGAUGGCAGGACAUGAAAGUGUACAUGUUUUCUGGCCCACAAAAUUCUCCCCAGUCUGCACCUAAAAGACCACCACAUGUGCAAGACAGUUCCCAACCUUUGCCAUCAAGAACUCCCUCCAGCUCUCUCAGGUCUUGCUCUGAGCAAGCCAGGGCUCAUGUGGAUGAUGUGACUAUUGAAGAUCUUUCAGGGUACAUGGAGUAUUUCCUGUAUAUCCCUAAGAAAAUGUCCCACAUGGCAGAAAUGAUGUACACCUGACAACAGUGGGCUCUACUGAACAAAGGGUUUUGGUAUCUGCCCUUGGUCACACUCCAUCUCAGAAGCAGUUGCUCUCUGUGCUUGUAAUAAAGACACUUUGCAUCACAGCCAAUCUUUUAUUUUUUCAUACUCAUUAAUUUAUUACUACUGUUUAUUUAUUUCAGCAAUUGAUAUACUGCUAAACACCUUCAUAUCUCAACAUUGUACAGUAAGAAUAAAAAGAUACAAUAAAGAUCAGUUAAAACUAAUAAGAAAAAUUAAAAUGCCGGCUGAAAUAAAAAGGUCUUCACUAAGCACUGGGGAAGGGAAGGGGGGUGCCGACCUCAGCUAAUUUAAUGGUAACCAUAAUUCCAAAACGACUACAAAGGUGAAUGGCAAGACCAGGGGAUUAUACUGUCUUGUACAGGGCAUAAGAUCAGUUAACGGGGUAGUUUGGAUUAACUGGCUAAGAACAUUCAGAAUCUAGAGUAGCAAAAUCACUCCAUGGGAAAACCAGUAUAAUUUACAUUUGGGGUGAAAUACAACAUCUUGCUGUACUUUCUGGUGUACAUCCCACAGAUACUGUAAGCUGUGGAAGGACACAGUACUUGAAAACGAUAAUUUAUUUUCUUCUGCCUAUAUUCCUAGUAUUUGGCUCUUUCCCAGAAAUCUUACUAUUUGUGAAACAUAGUACUUAUCAGCUAACUCUGGCGGUGUCUUGAGGUAAACAUUUCCCGUUUCAGUGAGAAGCGAAUUGCAUUUUAUUUUCUUACUGAGCAUUGCUUUAUUUACAGCAUGAAGGCUUUUAGCCAGCUUGUUUUAUAGGAGAUUGAAUUCAGCAGGGUGAACAAUCAAAAUGUAAUUUACCUAUUAAUCUGUGGAUAAAGAUUAAAAUAUGAAGUAAUUUAUAUUUGGCCGCUAGAUGUCAGCCUUGUUUCGUAACUUUGAUUUGAUGCAGCCUGUGCUGCACUUGCACAUCAACUAAGUUCUGUUAAGGAACUCCACUUCAUAAACCAUCCUACUUGGCAUCAAGGUGGUCAGCCCCUGGGUAUUUUUUAAAAACAACAACACAGAACUAUGUUUAAAAGGUUGAGUUCUUAUGAGUUGGUGCAGGGGACCAAUGAUGUAAUUAUGUAAAUAAGAUGCAAGUUGGUUUCUCUUAAAAAGCAGGAAUGACAGACUCGGACUAAGAAAACUGCCUUCAGGCAGUAUGAACUAGGAUUGAAGGCUUUUGCCAUUUUAUUAUUAUUUGCGAGUUCCUUUGGUUUGGCUUUCUUGCCAUUUGCAAUGUGUGAAAGCAGUUUACAACCAAACAAGUAUGCAAAGCUAAAAGCCAUGUCGGCAAUAUACAGAGUUUCUUGCACCUUGGGUGGCAAUGAACAAAGAUUUCAUGAUAUAUUUUUAGCAUAUGCUCUGAGACAUCUUGUCCCUUGCCAACUAACCUCCCUGCACUAUGGAGGCAGCCUACUCUGCCAGGGAAGCAAUAAGCUGCUCUGAGAUGUGCUUCUGCUUGUGUACCUUAAAUUUAGCCAGUGUUUUGCAUUCCCUUUACGGUCAGAGGAAGCUUGUAGCUUUUCCUGCUAUGUGAAUGGUGUUUGGUUCUUCUACAGCUUGUACUGAGAACUUGCAGAAAUAACAAUCAAGACCAUUCACUAGACACAAAAUCCAAAGAUUUUGUGCUUAAAAAGAGAUGUCUUUAAAAUAACUCUGCCAGAUGAAUGUUGUUCACUUUACUGAGGCUGUGAGAAUUGUGGAUUAUUGUGACAUAUUUCCAAGCAUGGUGAUUUAUAAAAUGUUUAGGGCAUGCUCCAUUUUGUAUGUAUGUAAAUUGGUAUGCAUCAUUUCUAUUGCACAGUGCUAAAGUUUUUUUUAAUAAGAUGUGUGUGCUUGUGUGAAUAUUAAAGCACAAAACCUGGGCACUGGGUUAAUUUGGAAAUUUCUGGCACUUAACAAUUGUAAUCGCUGCAUAAUGUGUCAGAAGUUACACAGAUUAGCUCUGUAUUUGUCUUUGUUUCUGUAGGAGCACCUGUUCCCUGUAAUGUGCUCAGGAAAUAGCAUACAUUUUGCCUUUCAGUGUUGAUCUUCUGCAUAAUAAGAGACAGGUGUGGCUGAAGGACUCGGAGCUGAAAGCUUAGCUGAGUUUGCUGUGCUUGCCCCUGAUCUCCCCCCCCCCUUCUCAUCCACUUCAGUUCUUUCUUGGAAUAGAGACUGUUUUGAGAGAGCGAGAGCGCAGUGCUUCCCUCUUAAGUGCAUAUGGAAGUGCUACUUAUAGCCAGUGGAUUUAUUUAGCAGUAAUAAUUAAGCUGUGUUUUCAUGGUACUAAUACCUUUCACAUGGGAAGAAAAUAAGCACAAGGGAGUAGGAUAUAGAUGGAGUUGAUGAGAGACUUUGGGGAUGGGGCAGGCAGCAGCACUCGAGUGUCCCUUUCCUUUCUCCUGCAGCAGCCUUAAAUUGCCUGUGUCUAAUAGCACUUAAUUGAAAUGAGACUUGGAGCGUCCCGCUUAUUAGCAAGGCACAUAUUCAUGAAUAGUUGAAGUGUUGAUGGCGAAUGCCAUUUUCUGGCUUUUAAAAGAAUUUAAUAGAAUGUUUCUAUUGUGUCUUUCCUCAAAGCUUCAAGGUGGGUAAUAAGUAAAAUAUGCAAAGGUAAAGGGACCCCUGACCAUUAGGUUGUCGUGACCGACUCUGGGGUUGCGCGCUCACCUCGCAUUAUUGGCCAAGGGAGCUGGCGUAUAGCUUCCAGGUCAUGUGGCCAGCAUGACAAAGCCACUUCUGGCGAACCAGAGCAGCACACGGAAACGCCGUUUACCUUCCCGCUGUAGCGGUUCCUAUUUAUCUACUUGCAUUUUGACGUGCUUUCGAACUGCUAGGUUGGCAGGAGCGGGGACCAAGCAACGGGAGCUCACCGCGUCACAGGGAUUCGCACCGCUUACCUUCUGAUCAGCAAGCCCUAGGCUCAGUGGUUUAACCCACAGCGCCACCAGGGUCCCUUAAGUAAAAUAUAUAGUAACUAGAAAAGUUGAGCAUACAAAGCAAAAAACAGCAAAAAAACAACAUUAAAGCACCCUUUAGAACCAUAACAUUUGCAACAGAAUUUUAAAAUAAUUUAAGACUCAAAAGCUCUCUUUAAAAGCAAAAGUAUUAUUGUGUGUAGUGAAAAUCCAUUAAUGAGAGGCAAGGCAAGCUUUCCUUUGGAGGUUGUUCUAGAGCCUGUGGGUGCAGCUACUGAAAAAGGUGUUUUCCCAGAUCCCAACCUGAUGUAUUUGUUGGGACCAGGAGAGGCCCCCCAAACCUGAGCUUUUUUUAGGGGGGGGGGAGCAACCAGCCAAAGCACACUGUCUCCAACACAAAGCACUGUGACAAGAAAUGGCACCGCAACAUUACAGAGGUGCCAUAACACACUAAAAGAGGUGCCAGAACUCAGUUCCAGCUGAAAAAAGGCACGAUGAUGUGGUCCUUGGAAUACUGAAUGCACUCACUGGCAACAGGAAGUUCAACCUGUGAUUGUAAAGCAAAAAAGAAACCCAAAGCUACAUACAUUAUACUGAAGUUACUACCAAUAUAAAUGCAGGCAAAGAACUUAAAUUUCUUAAUCCAGAUCUUUGUAAUUUGUUAAAAUUGAAGUUCACACAUUCCUAUUAACCAUGGUUUAAAUAAAACUUAGUUAACAAGCCAUGUCUUAGGAUUGCAUCAGAGCCCAGUACAGUGCCUUAACUAUGGUUUGUUUAACUAUGGCUCGAUCAUGUUAUUGGUUUACUAACCUGAACGAUGACUUUGUGUGGGUACCUCAUUUACUAUGGUUAAAGUUUUUGCUCCCAAAUUGCUAGCCAUGCAACAGUGACAUUAGACAAGAAUGAUGAAAAAUGAACCUGCUCUCAGCACUCGGCUCCUCUUUCUAAUCUUUCCCCCAAAGCUGAUGUUGCUGCUAACUCUGCCUGGUAACAGGAUCCUGGAAAAAUGAAUGAUUUUUAAGAACGUUCCUCCCUUAAAUUUGAGCAGGUGUUAAGUAAGGGGUGGGAGGGUUCCAAAAUUAAGUUCCAUUCCUGACAGUCAUUACAAUUAACAUGCUUUAAACUAUUAAAACAUUCAUUACUGAAACAGCGUUUCCAACUCCCUGCCAGCAGAGACACAGGUGACGUCAGCAUAGAUAAUGCUCACUAAAUGUAAAGCAUAACAUUCGCAUUAACAGCCUAUUGUCAGUUGGUGGCGGGGUAUGGUUGCAGACUAGGGGAAUAGAAUAAAAAUGUUAAAACACCUACAAGCUGCAAAAUCGUAUGGGUGCUUCUUUCUUGGGUGAAGGGAUGAAGAUAGCUGCUGUUCCAUGACAGGUGCUGAGGAAGAUCACUGAGAAUCUUGCACACCCUCUCUUGCAGGUGAGGCAAUGAUAGCAAUUUGGCACCACAAAGGACAGCUGAGGGUGGGAAAUGAGGGCAGAGUAUGAACCAGAAUUACAUUGAAUAUAGAAUGUCCUUUGGCUUUGAGCAUGGCUUGUUCAAUAAAGCAUUAUUUGAAUAAACCAUGGUUUCAUGUGAUGUAAGAAUGGGCUGCUGUCAAGAAAUCACUGCCUUUCCUCUACAGGAAAGUGAGGAAUGAUAUUUUCAGCAUCUGCUACCUGUGUUCUUGGAUUUUUAUCACAAGCACUUGCUGGUUAGUUGUGCAACUCGAACCACAAAUACUCCAAGGUAAGUCCUCCUGAAUUCAGUGAGACCUGCUCCAAGGUAAAUGGGAUUAGGAUUGUAGCCUCAGUGUAUGUGCAGGUACCAGUAAUUAUUUGGGAGUACCAAAUUAAUAUUUGCACCUGAAUAAUAAAACUCAAGACAGCCUAAAUAGUUUGCAAUAGUUUAGUUCUGUUAAAAUAAAGGAAGAGUUUGUCAUUUCACUAUGCACUUCAUUGAAAUAAGGUAAAUUUGUAGCUCAAGUGUAAGCCCCUAUUUUACGCACAAAAGACCUCAGCCUUCAAAAUGGGGAAUCUUCAGGUAAGGCUGGCAAAGACUCCCGUCUUACAACACUGCAGAGCAGAGCUCCCCAACAUUUUUAGCCCUAGAGGCACUUGUGGAAAUUAAACUCGUGGGCAUCACAAAAUAACCACUUCACUGGAGGAAAACAGGAAAUGCUAUCAGAGCCCCCUAAAAUGGAUAAAACCCCCACACCCCAAAACAAAAAGUAGGCAACCUGCACAACGACGAUGAAAAUACAAAAUGGGAGGGGCAGGUGCCAAAUGCUACAUAUGCGGUGGCUAUGCUGCCUGUGAACACAUUGGGAACCCCGUUUGUAUUGUGGUAGAUCAGUGUUUUCCAAACUGGGGUCCCCAAUGUAAAAACUGCGCCACAACGUUGGAGUAGAAAACUACAUGAGCAUGUUGUCACAAGUGCAACAUGCACACACACACCAAGCCCAUCUGUUUAAUAAUAAACACUUUAAAACUAUACCUUGACAUGCUUUCUAUAAUACAAAGAAGGUCAACAAGGAAGGAAGGAAGGAAGGAAGGCCGGCCUCACUGGGAGGAGAGACUUCCCCCAGCAACAAAACCUGACAAUGAUAGGCCAUUGGUUUACAAAACAUUUCACAUGCAAUUCUUUUAAUGGACAACUCUGCAAAUAAUAAUCUCUAACGCUGGGAUUCUAAAGAAACCAGGGCCUGUGUGGCAAGUAAUUAUGCUGGUCCACUAAUUGGUAUUCGGAAGCAAGUUAAUAAUAAUAAUAAUAAUGAUGAUGAUGAUGAUUUUGAAAGCUCUCACAAGCUGUGAC